UUUACGGAGCAACCUCCUAAAUCAAAUUGAUUCAAUGUUCAAACCAUAUUUUAAGAUUUUGGUGUCAAUUCGAUGUGAAAACCGAUUUAUUUUAUACAGUUACAUGGUUUAUAGAUGAAACGCCCCUAAACGAGACGAUGGGUCCAAGCAAAGAUAUGGCUGAUCUCACCUUAAAAGAAGAACAACUGACAUCAAGAAACAUUUCUCUAGGAAUUAAUAUAAGAUGUGGAGUAAGCGCUUCUAUUGGUGUAGAUGGUAUGCUUUCCGCUAUAAAAAAGGGUGAAACGUUUUACGCAGGAAUCAAGAUUCGUGAUUCUAAUAUAUAUCUUGAUAAAGAAAGAGAGGCAGUGGUACAAAUGCAAUCGACGGUUCCAAUCGGUUGUCAGUAUUUCAGAAACAAACAAGAAGGUAAAAUAGAUACAAAGGUGUAUUGUACGUUAGGAAUGAACAUUUUCGUAAAUGAUGGUAAACCAUUGCAAUGUGAAAGGGAAUCAGUACUUAACAAGGUACCUGAGGAACAUGGAAAUCAUUUAUGUGCACAAGACAUAAAGAAGACUACUGAAACGUUUGGGAAAAUUGGGUCUCCAUUUGGGAAAAGUGCUUCAAGGGAAAAACAUUGCUGUUUGUUUUUGGGGACUUGGGUCCUGGCUAUACCAUUACGUAUGCCUUCAACCUUAUCCACAAAGAAGUCACUAAAGUCUUGUGCUAGAACGUUUGCAGGUUUACCAGAUGGCAGCAUAAAAACAUGGCAGCAUGUUUUCACCCCUCAAAUGCCGGGUCACUUUGGUAAGGUUUUUCAUAUAUCGACCACAUGA